AGAAGAAGAAGAAGAAGAAGAAGAAGAAGCUGCUCAUCUCUCCUCCUAUAUUUACUCCUUGUUUGAAGAGAUGGAUGAUACCAUGAGCAACAACCCAGUUAACAAGAGAAGGCGAAGGAGAAAAGAAAAUUUCGUUGGCGACAACAGCACCAAUCAAAAAGAUAAUGGCGAUGAGUCGGGUGUCGAAGGUAGUGAAAAACAAGGAGUAGUGAAGACGAAAGGGUUGAAAGAGAUCAUAACAUCGUUGUUGUUGCUUGAGGAGCAAGAAAAGAGUGAUCGAGAAGAGUGGGCAAAAACCCACCAAGAAGAUAAGUUGUUAUUCGAGGCGAAUCACAAGAAAAGGACUCGCGCUAUGUUGGAUUAUCAUUCCAAGUUACAAGAUUAUCAUCACAAUUUACAAAACACUGACGCGGUUCGAAAGAGAAAAUCGAGAAAUAAUGUUACUGCUGCCGUUGCCACCGCCGCUGUUGCUGCUGCUGAUUUUGAGGAUUCGAAUCAGAAAAGAACUGGUGGUGGCAACGGAGGAAAUAGUGGUGGAGCGGCGGCAGGUGGGCCGCAGAGAAGGUUGUGGGUGAAGAACAGAUCAAAGGCUUGGUGGGAUCAAUGCAACAGUGCUGAAUUUCCCGAGGAGGAAUUCAAGAAAGCGUUUCGAAUGGGGAAGGAUACAUUUGAAAUGAUAUGUAAUGAAUUAAGCUCCGUGGUGGCGAAGGAAAAUACUAUGUUGAGAGAGGCUGUACCGGUCAGACAAAGAGUUGCGGUGUGUAUAUGGAGGCUUGCAACGGGGGAGCCUUUGAGGCUUGUGUCGAAAAGGUUUGGUUUGGGGAUUUCUACUUGUCAUAAGCUUGUUCUUGAGGUUUGUUCCGCGAUUAGGACUGUUUUGAUGCCAAAGUAUUUACAAUGGCCUGACGAGGAGUCAUCGAGAAGGAUUAAGGAUGAAUUUGAAACGAUCUCUGGGAUUCCCAAUGUGGUGGGAUCAAUGUAUACUACUCAUAUACCCAUAAUAGCACCAAAGAUUAGUGUGGCUGCUUAUUUUAAUAAGAGGCAUACAGAGAGGAAUCAGAAGACUUCUUAUUCGAUUACGGUUCAGGGUGUUGUUGAUCCAAAUGGAGUGUUCACUGAUGUGUGCAUUGGUUGGCCUGGUUCAAUGCCCGAUGAUCAGGUUUUGGAGAAAUCGGCAUUGUUUCAGAGAGCUAAUGGAGGGAUAAUGAAGGGUGUUUGGAUUGUUGGGGGCUCUGGGUACCCUUUGAUGGAUUGGGUAUUGGUGCCCUUUACACAGCAACAUUUGACAUGGACUCAGCACGCUUUCAAUGAGAAAAUUGGCGAGGUUCAAAGGGUUUCUAAGGAAGCAUUUGCGAGGUUGAAAGAGAGGUGGUGUUGCUUGCAAAAGCGAACAGAGGUGAAACUACAGGAUUUACCGGUGGUUCUUGGGGCUUGCUGUGUUUUGCACAAUAUAUGUGAAAUGAGGAACGAAGACAUGGAUCCGGAACUGAAGUUUGAUCUCAUUGAUGAUGAGAUGGUCCCCGAGGUUGGAUUGAGAUCGGUAAGUGCAAUGAAGGCUAGGGAUGCAAUUGCUCAUAAUCUUUUGCACCAUAACCAUGCUGGCACUUCUUUUCUGUCAUGAAAGGGCUUUCAUCGCCCUUUGGCAUUUUAGUUGUUUUUAAUGCCUUAUUACUUGUUACAUUUUUGUUGUGGAAUCAUACCGUAGGCUCUUUUGAUCACAAUUUGUCGAAGGAGGCCAAAGAAAAUAUAUUUGCCUGUUCUGCAAAUGGAUGAAUAUUCUCCUUGUAAACUUCAAUUAUACACACACAUCACAGACAUGUUGUAACCCUUUCUCAUACUUGAAUUAACAAGCAAUGAAUGAAUGAAAUUUUAGCAAUUGAAAGUUCUUUUGUACCAUGUUCUGCUUCCAAUGGAUCACUGUUAAUGAUUGUCUUAAUUGAUCAACAAACAUUCAGUGGCUUUCGGAAGCAUAAUCUCC